AUGAGGGAACACGUGUCGGGGAUUGUAAUUGAGUUGCAGCACGAUCUUAUUACGGGUUAGAUGACCAACUACAAUCGAGAAAAAGAAUUUUCCAUCGGAUGUUUUGGACGUUUGAUCAAUGUGUGCGCGCAUUUCCCCACUGCAAACCAUUUGUGCAAGUAGAUGGAACCUGACUGUAUGGAAAAUACACACAUAUCCUACUUCUUGCCGUUGUUAAAGACGGCAACAGGAACGUGCUCCCGAUAGCAUUUGUCAUCGUCGAUAAGGAGAACAUGGAAUCGUGGGAGUUCUUCCUUACCAACCUGCGGAGGUAUGUUAUUAGCAACGAUAAUAUUUGCAUCAUCUCCGAUAGAGGGAAAGGAUUAAUUGCAGCCAUUAGGCGUUCCGGUGUACCAUGGAGAUCUGUUUACUGCAUUCGGCACAUCGCGACUAACUUCCAGCGAGAUUAUAAGAAUGCAGACUGGAAGAGACAAGUUGUGAGAAUGGUGCACGAGCUAGAGCCACACAUUUUUCGCCAAAGAAUGGCCCGACUUGAGAGUGACAUGGAGGGUCAAACCAACACAUCUUUCCAGCAGUGGUUGGGUACGAUGGAGCCGUGGCAAUGGGCUCAAAGUUUUGACGAGGGCUUUCGUUAUGGUCAAAUGACCACAAACUUGGUGGAGGGGAUCAAUGAUGUGUUAUUAAAAACACGGCAUCUUUCAAUUUCAUCAUCUUCUGGCUCGUUCUCUGAGUUGGCUACCUUGAUGCCAAGAAUGGGUCAGCAACAAGUGAACCAGAUGGAGGUGGGACACGUCUUUGUCGAAGAUGUUAGGGAUGCAAUGGUUGCAAACCGUCAGAUGGCAAGGUCGAUGACAGUAGAAGUAUAUUCACGACAUAAUGAAAUGUUUCGAGUUACAGAGACCAUCGGUCGUCGACCCGGUAUACCACCUAGGUCCUACGGAGUUGAUCUCCAAAACAGACGGUGCUACUGCAGGAGGUUUCAAACACUUCAUUAUCCAUGUGCACAUGUCGUGCCAGCUUGUGCUAAAGUUGGGCUCAAUGUAGAACAAUUUAUCGAUGAAGUGUACACCAUCGAACGCACGUUGCGUGUAUGGGAAAACGAGUUCCCCGUGCUUCCUGACCUAUCUACUUGGGAGGUACCUCCGACGACCUUCGAGCUUGUCCCAGACAAAAGGUUGCGUAGGAACCCAAAAGGUUGUUCGCAAUCAUCCAGAAUCCAUAACGAAAUGGACAUUAGGGAGAAAUCCGACUGGAAACUGUGUAACGUAUGCAGAUUAGCCGAUCAUAAUCGGAGUAAAUGCCCGCUCCGAAACUACCAUGUUGGACAAUCGUCUCAAUUGGGUAGAAAUUGA